AUGGCAUAUACACCCGCACCAUUCCAUAUAAUCUCACAAAAUUGCAGAGGCCUGAACGCCCCCGAAAAAAGGUCCCACCUUCUACAAGACUUAAAACGCCACCGAGUAUCGAUUGCCCUCCUACAAGAAACGCAUCUCAGGGAGGUAGACACCCAAAGAAUACAAAACAAACACUAUAAUACCACCUACCACAGCAGCCACCAAACCACACGAAAAGCUGGAGUCUCGAUUCUCCUAAGCACCACCCUACAAUUCACUCACUCCGAAACGCUCAAAGACACAGAAGGGAGAUACAUAUUCGUGAAAGGAACAAUCGCCCAGAGAACCUAUACGUUCGCCUCAGUUUACGCCCCAAACGUAAACCAGGUUAAGUUCCUGCGCAAAAUGCUCCUGAAUCUAGCAACUUUUACGGAGGGCAUCCUUACCCUCGGUGGCGACCUCAACCUGCCUUUAGACCCUAUAGCAGACACUUCUACUGGACAGAGCACGAUAGCGCAAGCGGCAAUCAGAAGGCUCCGCAGAACACUACACGACUUGAGAUUGGUGGAUACUUGGCGAGCACUACACCCGGACAGCCGAGACUAUACACACUACUCGACCCUACACAAACAAUACUCGCGCAUUGACUACAUUUUCAUCCAAUAA